CCCCAUCACUCCACGCCAUCUCCGCGGCUUCGCACACCUGUGAUCCCCGAGGAGGUACAUCAACUCAGUCCGCUCCCACGCAUAUCACCAGGCCCUGAGUCCACCGUGCAGGCUGCUGGAACCUGCCUGGAGGAAAGUAACCAAAGUGGGGAGAUAGUCGCCGAACGACCGUUGAGCUUACCAAACAAGGGAGGUAACUGUUAGUUAUGGCGCAUUUUCUAACCGCUCUGGUGGCGCUGGUCGUCCUGGUACCUGAUUCUCUGGGACAAGGCCCUCCGCCUCCACCAAUGUCAAUGCCACCCAUGCCGUCGCACGCGAUGAUGUACCCCCAGGUGCAAAGCAGCCACUGUCGAUACCUCAUCACGGCACCGUCCAACUGGGGCGUCAACGCCAGUCCAUUCAAGAUCUACACCAGGUCGUACUCUGGGCUCGUUAGGAGAAGCUAUCCCAUUGAAGUCUCCAUACUGCCCUCUCACCCGCGCCUGGGUGGCUUCAACUUCACGGACUUCGCGCUAUGGGCAGAGCCAGAUCUUCCACCCUUCCCCGCGGCUCCCAGGAUCGAGCUCGAGCCUGUCGCCGGGGCGCAACAAGCUCCACCUGUAGCAACCACACAACUGGGGACGUGGCAUGUAUUACCACGGUUUGCCCCCGGGACAUCGUCAAUGAAGUGUAACAUGUACACGGCAUCCGACGACACAGUAGGAAGUUUUGAGGAGAGGAUGACAGAUCUGCUCAAGAGACAGUUUCCUCACGAGCCCAGACUCGUCAGCUUCCAGGCCGCCUCCCGCUCUGGGGCAGCCUUCCUAUGGUACCCGGAUGACAAGGCCCUCGCACAAUCCACCAUAAAAUUCGUAGCCAAACUGAAGUCAAUGGGAGGGUGGUUCCACCUGGAAUCUACGGCAUGGAAUGUUUACAAGCCUCCUCCACCUCCACAACCAUUCAGCUGGAGCCAAAUGACCAACACAGCUGAGCGAAUGGCGGACACCAUGCAGUCACUGAGAGCUUUGGAACGGAAACUGGAGAGGUCUGGGGCGCCCGGUAUUUAAGGAUUUCCAGAACUUCCGGUGAACGUUCAGUGAAGAACAGACGACACGAAGGCUUGAACAAAUACCACAUCUGUCGUACCGGGGAAACGGAGGCACAUUGGUCAAGACAGAGAUAACGAAAGCAUCAGUUUUCUAGUUUUCUUACCGCUUUAAUCAUUUAAAGUUAAAAGAAAUAAAAAAAGGAACGAGAAAAUUUCACUUGGACCACAUUCGUCUUGGAGGUGUUUUCAUCUCAAUGGCUAUGCAACAGCAUCGCAGAAUUUGUUGCAGUGCAAUUGUUCUAUCAUUCAGUAUCAUUGUGUUACACAAUGCGGAAAAUAAAAACCUACGCUUAUUACAUACUAAGCCACAGUCUGUAAGGAUCAUAUUACAUACUUUAUUAAAUGAACGUAUCAUAUGAGGUUACGGAAAUUUAUACGCAAAGUACAUUGUUGUACAAUUUAGUACUAGCAUUAAACAAUGUGCUUAAUAUCAA